AUGAUGUGCCGCACCAGCUUUCUCGCCGAGGCAGUUCUCGUGUUCGUCUUGAGCGCCCAAGCUGCAGCGUGGUCCAAGGAUAAAUGGGUGGAGGCAUUCGGGAGCAAGACGGGCUUCAGCAAGGCUUACCCUGCCUGGUUACAGGGUGUCUCCACAGAAGGGGACGGCUACUGCAACGUGGCUGCUGAUUACGGAUGUGUCGUCGGCGUUGGCGAGGGCAUUUGCUAUAUCCUUGUGAACCCGGGCGACUACGCAGUUCCGCUGAGCAGCACCGACUCCGGGUAUAAGGUCCAGUUCUCUGGGUCCGCCAGGUUCGGGCUGGAGUUGAGGAAAAAGGACCGAGGCACAGCCCAGAACCUCAAGUUCGACCAGAACAUCACGGGGCGCAAGGAGACCGUGGUCCAGGUCGCCCGCGACGACAUGGAACUCGCGAGGCCGUUCGGCCAGGACUUCGCGGCCAUCGGCCCAGAUUGCGGCGCGCGUUGGCGGCGGCGUCCAGCUCUGUUCGCCCCUCCGCUCCGCCGCGAGGCGCCCCUGGCUGACGGCGGCGCGCCGGCCCCUGGCAGGCGGCUGCCCUGGCGCCCGCGUUCGCUGAGCAGCGACCAGCCGCAGGAGGCGCUCGAUGCCAAGUCCCCGAGCAAGGCGCCCGCAGCGAGGGGCGAGGCCGCGGAGCCGGCGCCGCCGGCCAGCGCGCCCGGCCGCGCCGGCGGCGGCUACUUCACGGGCGACGACCCCGCCCCCGAGGAGGAGCCGUUCCCGGCCAGAAGGCUCGCGCUCCUGGCCUUCGGCUGCCUGGCCCUGCUGGCCACCGGCCACGCCACCGGCGCCGUGGAGAAGCUGGACGCGGAGCACAUUGGGAGCAUGGUGCGAGGGGCCGGAGUCUUCGGCUGCCUGGUGGUGGCGGCGGUGAUGUCGCUCGGGGAGCUGGUGCACGUCCCCGCGGGGGACGGUUGGGUCGUCUACGGCGCUUGCAUCAUGAUUUAUGGCAAGGCCGUCGGCUUCUUGGUGGGAUGGUUUGCCGCGAUCACCAGCGUCACGUUCUCCUUCUUCGUGGUUCGGGCGGUUGGCGGUAAGAGCUUCUCGCAGAUCAAGAGCAAGAGGAUUCGGGCUGUCCUGGCCCAGCUGGACAAGAGGCCUUUCACUGUCGUGUUGAUGUUGCGCAUGGUCCUGUUCGCGGCUCCGCUCCUGAACUAUGCGUUGGCGCUGUCUGGCGUCUCCUUUAAGGAUUACUUUCUUGGGUCCGCGAUCGGCAUCAUUCCGCCGAUGGCCAUCAUUGCGGUCACCCUGGACCAGUUCAUGCUGGUCCGCCAGCUCAUGGCGUCGGAGGGCGCGCCGGCCUCGGCGGGGCAGCGGCUGGGCCUCAGGGGCCGCCCACCUGGCAAUCUCGUGGCCUUCGGCAACAUGACCGCUGGGGGCGCAGCUCGCAGGAGCUCCGCCGCCAACGGCGGCUCCUCGGACGGCGCGGCGAAUGCCGAGAGCUCCAGCGCGGCCGCAUUCGUGGCGGCGGCGCUGACCAACAGCACUCCCGCGCCAGCCCUAUCCGAGAGGCUCCGCCAGCAGACUCCCGAGGCCUCCGAGGCGGCGAGCUGGUUGGCCAGCGCCCCAGGCGCCGGGGCGCCUCCGGCGAUCCUGGCGGCGGCGCUGCUCGGCGGCGGCGCGGGCCACGGGGCAUCGGACGCCACGGCCAGGCUGGCGGCGGCGCUGGUCAACGCCAGCUCGGCGGGCUGA